GCUUCAUGGUGCGUGUAUUAUGCCGGUUCCUACACGCCUCAGCUCCCAAAGAGGUUCAGUCCGUUCUCUAAAAUCGAAUCAUGGCUUGGGCGCGUCUUACCGGCCGCGGCUGAGUCGAGGGCACAGGCAGAAUCUCAGCCCUAGUAGAGCUGAGGAUUAAGUCCCUAGUUCUAUUACACCUGAGGGGCAACGGCGCAAUCGCCCGAACGAAGCUCAUCCGUGCCAUCGUGGAUUGUCAGGCAUUCGGAUCUUCGGGAUGGUUGGAGGGAGGAACGUAAGGGGGAGCGGAUGGCACAGCUGAGCCACUAUAAGAGUUGAUGAUUUUCGAUCGUCAUCCUAGGUCGUGGGAGCAGCAUCUAGCUUCACUAUCGCUCGCAAGUAGAACCAUCCAGAAGCUAUCGCGAUCAUGGGUGCGUCUCUUCGCCGCGUCGUCGGUAGCCUUCCGCUACUCCUAGCAACGGUCGCUAGCUCACCCUUGCCCCUCGGGCAGGUGCCCCAUUAUUUCCAGAAUUCCCCCUUCUCACGUCGUCAGUUGCCGGUCACGCAGGUCCAGAAAGAGCUAGGUGAGCUCGUAUCGGAAGGUUCUCUCAUAUUCGGGCCCGAGGACCCGGCGUGGACCGAGGCGACCGAGAGAUGGAACAUCCUGGCACCGCCUACUAUCCAGGUUGUAGUCCAACCGGCACAGGAAUCGGACAUCCCCGCUAUCGUCAAAUACUGCAACGUCAAUAACAUCAAGUACCUGGCGAGGAACCGUGGCCAUGGCCUGACUACCUCAUUAGGUAAAUUCGAGGGCCUGGAAAUUGACUUCGCCCAGCUGAGGGGGAUCACCAUCAAAAACGGGGGCAAGUCCGCUGUGUUCCAGGGCGGAACUUACGGGGGAUUGGUGAUAGAGACGCUUUGGGACCAAGGCUAUGUCGCGACCACCGGGUCCAACGAAUGCGUGGGUUUAACGGGACCUGCUCUGGGUGGCGGUCACGGCCGUCUGGAGGGCCUUUACGGCCUGGUCUCCGACAACAUCAUCCACCUGAAUGUCGUAUUGGCGGAUGGCUCCGCAAUCGGCGUAAAUGCCUCAAGCCAUUCUGACUUGUACUGGGCGAUGCAGGGUGCUGGCCACAAUUUCGGUAUCGUUACGAGUCUCGAGAUGAAGAUUUACCCUCGCGAGGUCGAGACGUGGCACUACCACAACUACAUCUGGACUGGUGACAAACUCGAGACAGUAUUUGAGGAGCUCAACAAAUUCCAUGGCAAUGGCGACACGCCAGCCCGCAUGGGUGUCAACUUUGGCCAGAUCUCCAUCAAUACGACGAUUAGCGAGACCGAGGCCGUUCUAUGGUGGUCCUUUGUCUACGCUGGAUCCGCUGAAGACGCCGAGAGGCUUUUGGCUCCUUUCAAUGCGAUCGGGGCCGUGGAUGAGCAGAUUGGCGACGUCCCCUACCCCGAAAUCCCCGGCGUUCAGGGCACCGACGCCGCCGGCGGGUCUUGCAACUCCAACGUGUACGCCGUUGGCACCGUCCUCACAAAAUCCUACAACGCCACGACGGAGCGAGAACUGUACGAGCAUUUCAACCAGCAGAUUGCUCUGUACCCGGAGUUGAUCCCGACCGCCCGCCUCUACCACGAGGGCUACGCGACCAAGGCGGCCCAAGAAGUGAACCCGGCUCUGUCCGCGUACCCGCACCGCGACGAAAUCCAUCUCAUGUUCUUCUUCGCCGCCGUCCCUCAGGGGUCUGACCUGUUGGCCCCCGCUCAAGCCUGGGCCCGCCACGCCUGGGACUCGUGGAAUGCGGGCGAGCCGGGGCGCAGGCCCGCGACUUACGUCAACUACGCGGCAGGGCUCGAGUACGAGACCCUCGAGGCCAUCUACGGCUACGAGCCCUGGCGCCUGGACAGGCUCCGCAAGCUCAAAGCCAAAUACGAUCCCACCAACAGCUUCCGGUACUACGUUCCUAUCAUCUCGGACAGGAAGAGAGAGGCGGCAGAUGCGGGUGACAUGCACUGAACUUCUCGAGAUACCGGUGCGUUCAGGACGCAUAUGAGGGUUGAUAUAAGGGCAGGAAAAAAGCAAUUAUUCAAUUAAAGCUAGACUCUAGCGCUUUCUCGAUGGUGCGUUCGUGCUCCUGUGCCGGGGUGUGGGCAGUGUGUUAGCCGUGGCGAUGUCAAAUGGCGAGAGAGCCAUCAAAAGACCCAGGGUUGGAGCGAAGCUAACAAAGACGCGCCCAUUUGGUUACCACAUUGAAUUUUUAAUAUAUAUAUACCUAUUGUCC